AUGUUUGGCAUUGUAUGGCAAAGGCUUGAGAUGACGAAUGGCUUCCGGCUUCCAAUGCAACAUUUGAUGCUCUUGACACUUUUCCGGGCACCUCUGUCCUUUACUCCGGGUGUCAGCAGGUGCAGUGUGCGCCUGCCUAUCUUUCGAUUGUCUUCAUCGACCUUCUGUCCGCUCGCCAACUCUAGCGUGAAAUCGCGCAAAGGUUUUCUCACAAACUAUGAAACUGUGAUUCAGCGCCUCUGUGUUGCAGAUGUGGAAUUCACUGAACUUGGUAGACAAAUUGCCGCACAAGAAACCUGGCAUCGGCUUGGCAUUUACGUCCUUUGUACGAUCUGCCUGAAGCUGUUUAUCGACUUUCUGGCAACGAGGGCCCACCAACAAGUGGCAAUCAGCUCGUUACCACUCUGUGGACGUGAUUCCACCCAUUGA